AUGGCUGACAAACCCAACAUGACAGAAAUUACAACCUUUGAUAAAACUAAACUCAGGAAGACAGACACCAAAGAAAAGAACCCUUUGCCAACUAAAGAAACUAUUGAACAGGAAAGGCAAGGAGAAUCCAUGACAUAA